CGCAAACUUUGCCCAUGUACGACACUCCCCAAAACCUAUGCGACUAAACUCCAAAGAACUUCAGCGCCUUUCCAACUCCGUUUGAAGAGGCAACCCCCGUCCAGCCGUGGAUUUCUCUGAGUACACAAGGAUCCUUCUCGGUCCGAAAACUUUUUCCCCCUGAGCUGGAACUCACUAUAACCCAGAAAAUGUCUGCUUCGGUGCUGUCUUCCAUAUUUGAUUUCGACGGGGAAAAAGUCCCAAGUUCAAAUGCAAUCUAUCUCCACAAUAUGCUGGAAAAGAGGAAUGUCGGGGUCCCAUUUGCUGCUUCCAAUACCAACAGCAACCGUUCUUUAGGUUAUUUCAGGAGUAACUCAUCAAACCACAUGGACUUCAACAUGAGCAACAGGCUGCAGAUCGGUUUCGAGAGCUCAACACCUGCCUUCAUGAAUAAAGAAAACAAGUACAGAGACCGUGCGUUCAGUGACGCAGGGGAACGCAGUCAACAGCUUCAGGAAAUCCUUCAACAAAAGCCCGGCUCUCAGAUCAACUCAACCCGCUACAAAACUGAACUUUGCAGGCCUUUUGAGGAAAACGGUUCGUGCAAGUACGGGGAAAAGUGUCAGUUCGCUCACGGCUAUCACGAACUGAGAAACUUGUCCCGCCACCCGAAGUACAAGACAGAGCCAUGUCGCACAUUCCACACUAUUGGUUUCUGCCCAUACGGCCCUCGCUGUCACUUCAUUCACAACGCAGAUGAACGCAGAGCUGCUACGGGUAACGCUCAGCCGAGGCUCAGCAGGGAGAUUGGUGUCCUGGAAGAGAAGGAGUCAUCAAACCUGUUCCUGAGACCGAGGGAAAGACCGAAGCUGCACCACAGCCUGAGCUUUUCUGGCUUCUCCAGCUCCUUCAGCAACGAGUCUGCUUUGAUUGACAACCCAACAUCACGUACGCCCCCGCCACCCACCUGCACACUCACUCCCAGCUCACCCUGUCUGAAUGCGUUCACGUUCCCCGAUCAGGAUCUUAAGGCUCUCCUUGCCCCAAUCAUCCCUCAAACCCAUAGUGCUUUUAAUCAUCUGACCAGCAGUGGUUUGUACAGUAACAUCCAGACCAACGCUAGCCCCCCAUCACCACCUUUCAAAAUGAGCCACUUGCCCUCCAUGCAUCCGCUCUCCGAGUCUCCAGUGUUCGAUUCUCCACCAAGCCCGCCGGAUUCCCUCUCCGAUCCCGAAGGGUACCUGAGCGGCUCUUGCUGUUCCUCUGGCACAAUCAGCGGCUCGGAGUCACCCAGUAUGGACGCAAAUAGACGUUUGCCAAUCUUCAGCAGGCUGUCGAUUUCAGAUGAUUGACUUGCUAUUAUUGUUAUAGCCUUUUAUCCAAGUAGUGCCAACAUGAGUUUCAGGUGUUUGUCUCAUGAUUGAGAUCUGAUUAUAUUUCUUCUUUCUCAUUUUUCUUUACCAAAAUGAUGGCUCCAACAGUCUAGAAAAAGGCCUACGUAGAAGUAACUAUCUUGGGAAAACAUUCCAUAAGUUUGGAAGCGGUGCGAGCGCACAAGAACUGGGACUCAUAAGUUUGUCAUGGAAUGUCACUGCAUAUUUUUUUUUUUUUUAAGCUGUGUGGUAUCAUUGCAUUUUGCAUCAUGCUUUGAAAUCUAUUUAACUUAUUUAUUGUCAUGUGAAAGUAUAGCCUUCAAGGAUAAAUUGAGUCCAUAUGGUAUUUAUCAAAUCUAAAGCAAUACACUUGUAUUCCUGUUGAAAUUGUGAUCGCCAAUAUUAAUCUGGAAACUGUUGGGUUCGUCUCACAAUAAUAUAUUUUUGUUAACUCGUUUAUUUUACUGUAAAUAGGUAAAUAAUUUAAGAUUGUAUGCUAUUUAUUUCAAUUUUGUUUACUGUGUGUGUAUAUAUUAAAAAAGUGGGAGCAUCUGAUGAGGUCACGCUGUGAUUUCUUGUGCAGGAGGGAGGGAAGCGUCAGAGGAUCUAUGGGCAUUUGUAGAAUGUAGCCUAUCUUAUGUCUUUAUGGCCUUAACUAACAAACUGGCUUCACACCUACGAAUAUGACUUUUUUUUUUUUUACCAACAUUAACGCCAACCAAAAAAAGUGUCCAUUUGCACACAGUUGCGCAACGAUUGCAGUCUAGUGCCAGACAAUGUAGCCCUCUCCUAUCUAGAGGUUAAUAACUAGCUAAUAUGUGCCUGCUGGGGUUGAAGAUCCCACAUAGUUUAACCUAAUAAAGCAGUUGCUGUGGUGUAUAUCUAAAGCCAAUCGAAUUGAAUGUAGCUCAUAGAUCAAGAUGCCUUUUUUUUUAUGGUGACUGAGAUGCUAUUUCCUUGUUUAUUUUUCUACUUUUAGAACAUUUCAACGCACCAUUCCUAAUGAAAGCUACUCUGCCUUUCAACUGUGCUUCUGUAGACAUGCUGACUGGGGAUAUUAAGUUUUGUAGUUGGUUAAUAACUAUUACUUUAACUUUUUAGAUGAAGUAAAGCAACACUGAAUGUAAUAAACGAACGUCAGCUGUAGCUGGAGUAUGUAUACAAAGUGUGCAGAGAAAACUUGUACUGUAUGUUGUUUAUAUAUAUAUAUACAUAUUCUAUAGAACUUCUAAUAAAGGCAUUUUUGAACAAGA